AUGAGUCCACCGCGCUCGCAGUCUCCCCCGCGCAAGCGGAUGAAGCCGGGCAUUACCCGUGUUCGUACCGGCUGCUAUACCUGUCGUCGGCGCAAAGUCAAGUGUGAUGAAGAGAAGCCAGCAUGCCGGGCCUGCAAUCACCUUGGCCUUCGUUGCGAGGGCUAUGCGCUACGGUACAAGUUCUGCGAUCCUCAAACCCUCAACGCCGCGGCCCUGGUGCCAGAGAGGAGCUCCGCGCCCCAGCAGUCAGCCGCACUAAAGCGCUCAGACCAAUUCGCAUAUUCGACGACUUUGCGAUCAGGCUCGCGUUUGGAUGAUAAUGGUUUUGGGGAAUUUCCUUCCAUAGCUAUUGACACCUUGCUGUCCAGCAAGUCAUCGUUUGGCGAUGCCUCCGAGACCGGAACGCAAAUACAAUCUAACAAUGCCAGCAUCAAUCGGCAGUAUUCGCCCUUUAACAACGCCUUUCUCAGUACUGUCGGAAACUGGGCAUCCACAGACUACUGCGAUCCGAAUCUUCCUGUCAGACGGCUGACGCUCUCCGCUCCGCAGAUUGGGUUUUCGUCGCCGGAGGACACAACUAGCUCCAGCGACUCUGGGGACACUUCCUACGCAUCAACCACGCCGGAAAGCAUAUUACCUGCUUUCAAGAAUACAAUUCAUCUAGCCUCCCCUCUUACUCGGAUUCGGAAUUCUGCAAGCCUCACUGAAUUUUACUUUACACAGUGGCACAACGGCGUAGCCCCUCUCCUACCCCCAGUGUUUCGCGACAUAACCACAGAGAUUCCCGACUUUCCCCCCCUGCGAAAUGCAAUUCUGGCUAUUUCAGCGGCAUACGUGGCUCACCUGGAAUCCCUGAUUGUUCGCACUGCCCAUCGACGAAACCGAAAAUCAUAUUAUAUACCGCAAAAAGACCACCAAUACCAAAGUUUACAGUAUUACAAUAAGGUUAUAACGGGCAUCGGACAGUGCGUUGAAAUGCCCCCUCAGAUGAAGUCCCUUGAUGUACUAGCAACAUUACUCUUGUCCUAUUAUUUCGAACUAGACUCGGGAUCUUUUACUGGCGGCAUCGGGCACAUGACUGUUAUUGAUAAAUUCCUUGCCUCCCAUGACGAGGAAAUCAGGUCAUAUCGAGCCGGGCAAAAACUACUAUCUACGUGGAUGAAUUUGCGUUCCCAGUUUGUGAAUCGCUAUCUUGGAAGUCACAUAUCCUCGAUGCCUAGUCAUAGCAUUGAUACCUUCCCACUAAAUCGCACGAUAGAUAAAGGAGAAUCGCACAACGAUUCCAUCACUAUCAUGAUGUGUGAUUGUAAACUGUUGAGUAGAAGAAUUAUCCUCGACUUGUGUGUGGCGCGAGGGGAGACUCGCAGUGGCAGCGACAGCUCCGCGUUAGACAAAAUACUUACUCAGAUUUCGAUUCCCAAGCCGCGACGAGAGUCAGUUUCACAACUAGCUGCUAUCGAUGAUGGCUAUUGGAAGUCGCUGGCGGAGCAACGGGAAAGAUUGGAUGAGUGGCACUCUACUCUUGACCUAUCGGAGCUCCCAAUAGAAAGCUACGUAUCUCAGCGUCAAGGUGUAACCGGACAGUCAUCCACCGAAAUGGAUAAGAUUGACAUACUUCCUCUAAAAUUCCAUACCUUCGAGGCCGCUAUGAAUUAUACGUACUACGCGCACGCUCAAUUGAUGUGUUCCCAAGAUGUGAUCCCUCGACUCAAAGGUACGAAAUUUGUCGUGCCUGCUCUUACGAGAAAGGAUAGUCCAUGGGCCGAGCUUAUCUUACGUAUCACUGCCGGAAUUCAAAUUUCCGACUGUAUUUAUAAGAACAUCUUCACUGCUGGUAUUUUGUCGACCCUUGCCGCGUGCAUAGUUCUCUGUCCUCGUGCAGAUGUGGCAACGUGGAUCCAGGAUUGGAUACGCCGAGUAGAAGACUUUGGAAUUCCACUGGAAAGCGGACUGCCAUUUGGAAUUAUCAAACGAAUCAUCAGUUUCAUCCUAGAUGAGAGGAAAAGUGGACGUGAUGUGCUUUUUAUCUUGCCUUUAGACACAGAAGAUGCGGACAAGUCGGAUCUCUAUCAGAGCGAUUUCAAGAUGCAAGUUGCUGUCUGUGGGAAGGAUAUGCACACUGGAAAGAUGUAUAAUGAAACUGUCGAGAUGCCAGAGGUAUGA